ACUUGGACAACGUGAUGAAAACCAUAAAACAUGUGUCAUUAUCCAGUAAACUCCAAUACUCUUGUCUUCGUCUUUCCUUAUUAGUAUGAAGCAGAUCAAGCUUCAACAAAAAGGAACACCUUAAUUCUCAAAUCUGCAUGUUCCUGGAUUUUUACCUACCAAAUCUCUGAGGCUUCAGAUUUUAUCUCUGGAAAGAACUUGGAUUGAAAUCAAAUGGUCUCGUUUUUUGAGUUUUGCUGAUCCCAAUUCUGGUGUGCGUGUGUUCAAGUUUUGGAAUUGAUCAACUGAAAGUAGAAUGAAUAAUUUUGCAUCCACGAGGCUAAGUCAACUAUGUGGUCGCUUUUUGAGUUUGGGUGGUUCCAAGUGUGGGACUAAAAGGUACCGUCCGGUCUCUGAAAUUUACUGAUCUUUGCAGUUUCUGAAUGGGGGCUCUUCUGAGUUUGGCUGGCUCAAAGUCUGGGAGAAACGAAUACCAUGAAGUCUCUCGCAAUGAUACCUGCAAGAGGCGAAGAAUGUCAUCAUGUACUUUGGAGGAGAGCCAAAGACUAAUUCCCAAUCUUCCUGAUGAGCUGUCAGUCCAAAUUAUUGCUAGACUUCCUAGAAUUUGCUACUUUGACAUCAGGUUGGUUUCACGGAAGUGGAAGGAAACUGUUACAAGCUCCGAACUAUUUAAAUUGAGAAAAGAAAUUGGUAGAAGUGAAGAAUGGCUGUACUUGUUGACAAAAAUUGAAGAGGAUAAACUUUCCUGGCAUGCUUUUGAUCCCCUGUCAAGAAUGUGGCAGAGGCUACCUCAGAUGCCCAAUGCAGUUUAUGAAGAAGAAUACAGUAAGGUUUCUUCUAGAUUUUCAAUGUGGAAUAUGGUGGGCCCAAGUCUCAAAAUUGCUCAUACUAUUAGAGGCUGGCUAGGGGGAAAGAACUCGUUUGAACAAAUGCCAUUUUGCGGUUGCGCCAUUGGUGCUGUUGAUGGAUGCCUUUAUGUUCUAGGUGGAUUUUAUAAAACUACGACCAUGAGGUGUGUCUGGAGAUUUGAUCCAAUUCAGAAUGCAUGGAGUGAAGUGACAGCCAUGUCUGCUAGUAGGGCCUAUUGUAAGACAAGCAUUCUGAAUAAUAAAUUGUAUGUUGUUGGAGGAGUUAGUCGGGAACAAGGUGGAUUGAUCCCCCUUCAGUCUGCCGAAGUUUUUGAGCCCUCCACUGGUACGUGGUCCGAAGUACCAAGCAUGCCAUUCUCAAGGGCUCAAGCCUUGCCCACUGCCUUUUUGACUGACAUGCUAAGGCCUAUUGCCACUGGGUUGACUUCCUACAUGGGUAGACUAUGCGUAUCCCAGAGUCUGUAUUCAUGGCCCUUUUUUGUUGAUGUUGGGGGAGAAAUCUAUGAUCCCGAGACAAAUUCUUGGGAUGAAAUGCCUCUUGGCAUGGGAGAGGGUUGGCCUGCUCGGCAGGCAGGUACAAAGUUGAGUGUUGUGGUAGAUGGUGAAUUAUAUGCUUUUGAUCCUUCGAGUUCAUUGGAUAGUGGUAAGAUCAAGGUGUACGAUCAAGGAGAAGAUGCUUGGAAAGUUGUUAUAGGAAAAGUCCCUAUUCAUGACUUUGCUGGUUCAGAUUCUCCGUAUUUACUUGCUGGUUUUCAUGGAAAACUUCAUGUCAUCACAAAAGAUGCGAAUCAUGAAAUCGCAGUUCUGCGUGCUGACCUGUGCAGUAAUUUGGGUUCUUUGUCACCAAGAUCAACUUCUCUCAUGCCUAGCUCCUUGCUUGAACCUUCCGACACUGUGGCAGAAUCAGACGCAGUUGUGUGGAAGGUCAUUGGGACGAGGGAUUUUGGUUCAGGUGAAUUGGUUGGUUGUCAAAUUCUUGAUCUUUAGCACAAGGCUGAGAAUCCCUUCUUUGAAUCUAUUCAAGCGAGCUGUAUGGCGCAUGAAGAUCGAGUUGAGUUGAUAAAUGGUGCACUUUGCAUAUAUAAGCACAUGCUUAUAGUUUUCAGUUCUGGUAGGUUAUAGUAUAUAGUACAUUAUAUGAAUAAUAUAUGCUGCCCUCGACAUUGAAUUUUCCUAACUUGGUGUCCAUUUUGCUCGAUAAUGUACCACGGUGAAAAGGAAAAGGAAAAAGGUCAUGUAAAUUUGAUUGAAUAUUAUUGUACAACUAUAGACAGUACAUGUACUGUAUACGCAUUGCUUGUAAAAGUGAAUGAAAAUAAAAUACAGUUGCCGCGCUUGCUUAGUCCA